UCACCCCCAACCCUCCAGUCCCAAAAAUACCCCGGCAGCAAAAUCCAAUGGGUGAUGUACAGAUCCAACUCUGAGUAUUACCCUGACCCAGAAGGGCAGGAAUUUGGGGAAAGCCUCCACCAGAAGCAAUCCCAAAUGAGCGUGUCCAUAUUAAGGAUCAAACCCGACAGACUCCGUGUUCCUCAUUGGCAUUUCAAUGCCAGUGAACACGACUACAUGCUGCAAGAAAUGUUGUAUGGGACAGCGUGGAUCGGCGUGGUCACCAAUGAGAAAGUCACCACUUUCAAGGCGUUUGAAGACCAGGUUUUUUUCCCUCACAAUGCCAUGCAUUGGAUCAAGAAUUUUGGGGAGGGGGAUUUGGUGAUCCUCCUUUUCUUCGGGAGCCACAAAGAGGUGAAAACUUUGGACGUGGACGAGGCUUUUUUCAGCAUGCCGGAAGAUAUCGCGGCUCAGGCGCUGCAGAUUUGGUCCUGGAAGGUGAAAUUGGUGCUGGUUCGGUCACCGACUGGUGGAGUGAAAUUCAUCCAAACAUUUCAGAAGGUUUCGGAGGAUCAAACUGUGAUGCCUUCUAAUUUGGGCCAAUUAGUACACAGCGUUAAUUACAAGCAGUCUGAAGAUAGUCAAGUUUGGCAGUAUUUUUAUGACUUCAGAGAUAAUUAACAUACUGGACCUUAAUUAGAAUUGUUAAGGUCAUUAAGGUGGGAGUUGAGACCCUAUGGCCCUGCCAGGACCUCUAGCUUAAUUAGGCUUGGAGAUUUCCCCUUAAUUACCCUUCCAGGACCUUAAUUAGCAUCCUAAAGUCAUUAAGGUUGGAGAUGAGAACCUAAUUAACCUUCUAGGACCUUAAUUAAUCCCUAAGGUCAUUAAGAUUGGAGAAGAGCCCUAAUCACCCUUCCAGGACCCUAGUUAGCCCCGUAGCUUAAUUAGGCUCAGA